CAGCACGCUCGACGCGAUACUCGUCAAGGAUAGUAGAAGAUCCAUCACGGAGAUGAGCGUCGAGGUCAUCCGUUGGGACAAGGAGGGUGAACUGACCGAGGACGCCGCUCUAAGCUCCGACCAUGCGAUGAUACUCGUAUCAGGUUUCCUCGACGUUUACCAAGAGGAUGUCGACGACGGAGACAAGGGCGCCGAGGACCAAAGCCGGGAAUCAGUUUGGAGGAAGCAGUGG